AUGAACCAUCACAAGAAGCCAGAACAAGUUAUGCAGGUAUUGGGUGAAUUAAAGGACACUGCCAGACCGAUGAUGAUCUCCUUUGAUGAAAUGGUAACUCUGAUGACUCAGUGUAAACAAUUAGAAGAAGGGAGAUUAAUGAGAAGGAAUAAGGAAGUUGGAAAGAAUGGUGCUGAAUUAACUAUUGAAAGGUCGACUGCUUCAAAGAGCCCAUUCACGUUAUUGAAUGGUAUUGUACCUGGAACCAAAUGGUGUGGCACUGGAGACAUAGCUAAAAACUAUUUCGACUUAGGAACAGAUUCAGCCGUCGACUCUUGCUGCCGAGCUCAUGAUCUCUGUCCCGUGAAGGUCAUGGCUAACUCCAAAAAGUAUGACCUCGUCAACAAUUCCUUAUUCACCAAAUCCCAUUGUAGAUGCGACGAUGAAUUGUUUCAAUGUCUCAAAAAGUCUCUACCAUCUCCAUCUGCCAACUUGAUGGGACAGAUUUAUUUUAAUAUAGUCCAAGUGCCGUGUCUUAUGGAUACGGAUAAAGGAUUGCAGUUUAGGAGUGCUAGAAAAAAUUUCUAG